CGCUUAAGCGACCCGCCGGCGAACAAUUUCGGGUCGCUUAAACAAUAAGCGACCCGGUUGCAUACAUUUUGACAGUGGGGUCUUUCACCACACACACACGAGGAAGUCGGACCGCCGUCGUCGAAGCUGAACAAGCAGAAAACAAAGGUUUUGGCUGCUGUAAAAAACAUAAUCCAUAGAUUAUGAAAACGACACAGGCUCUUCGGUACGCAGUGCGUCUCAACUAUGGACAGGUUAACAGCAUCACCGGAAAGUCCACAGAUCGAAACACGACUAGAUCGGCGGCACUGCUGGCAGCACUUGGUAUUGGGUUAUCAUCAUUCAGUAUGAAGCAGAUGCUUGCGAAAUCAAGCAAAAAAAGCCAUUAAAUAUCAGCCGAUGGAUGAUCGAGCAUAUAUUUCCUAUUUUCAAUUAGCACACCAAACACUGCGCGAUGCCUUAACGCUAGCUCUUAUAAAUGGCUGCUCGAUCUAUGUUGCACUAAACAAUGCUUUUGGGAGUCUCAAAAGAUAGAAGUCGACUUCUAGAUGCAUUUGUGCAGUAGCCUCAUUGACGAGUUUGUGAAGCGAAAGGUCAUGGAACGAAAUAAUUCGUUGUCAUCUUUUUAGUCCCGCUGGCGUCAUUUUGAAUAGAAAUGAAACUGCAAAAUAGGAACUGUGAUUUAGCCCCAUAGUUUCAACGUAGAUUUGUGAGAGCAUUAAGUAAUGUUGUUUAUUUUGAACAAUGUUUACUUAUUCAGUAGAGAUAUUUCAGUUAUAGUUUUAGGCCUUAACCACUCUCUGUGAAUGUCAGAACGAUCGAUAGAACAAUAAUAGUUUAAGUUGAUGUUGGUUUGCUUCCGUAUUGUUCAGAAUCGAUCGGAUUGAUUUGAUUAGUUCAAAAUGAACAGUCUUUUUUCAAGAGGUUUUUGGUCGUCCCGCUUUAUUCCAGCAAGUACAACCGGAUUUUUAAACUGAAAGAGGUGUUAGACGAAUGAGGUACAUAGCUUCUCAGAGGAAUACUUCGAUUGAUUUAAGAAUUCUACUACAAUGUAGACCAUUGAAAUCAAAAUAUUAAGGUAGAAAGUGUACCGAUUCCAACUCAGGAAGAGCAUCACUGAAGAAAUCGACUGAAUGGGGAGUAUCGCAUUACUUAUUUCCAGUGUGUUAGGCCAGCGAUCAGUGUUGAUAAAGCGAAACAUCUGACUAGGUAGAAGAGCAAAGAUUUAAGACAAGUGCAGAGUCGAGGUUGCAGUAACUAGAAGCGAAAUAUAUCAUUUUCACUCGAUAAA